UUGGGUCGUUUUCUUCCUGUGUAGCCUAGAGGCCGUCUGAUCCUGACGGGUGAGCAGGGUACCUGCUGCCGGGGCAGGGUGUGAGUGUCUGUGGCCCACUGGGGGAGUUCACUGUCUCCGGGUACUGGGAUAAGUCACAGCAGGUGAGAGAGGGGAUUCCAUACGCCUGUAAGUGGACAUAUUAAAAGGCUGCUGCAAGCAAGAUGUCUUCAGAAAUGUUUACCCUGGCUGCACAAUCAAGAUUUGAUUCCAAAUGGCUGAAGACAGAUUUACAGCUUGCAUUCACACGCGAUGGUUUCUGCAGUUUGUGGAAUGAAAUGGUAAAAGAUGGAGAGAUUGUUUACACCGGAACUGAAUGCAUUCAGAGUGGUGACCUAUCAAGAAAAGAUGAAGGAAAUGACACACAGAGCAGCUCAAAGAAGGAGGAUCAAAAUGACAAAGAGAAGAAAGAGGAAGAUGAGAUUCCAAUACCAAACUACAAGGCCAAAACCAUUAUGGAUAGCUGGGUCUGGGGCAGACAGCCAGAUGUGAAUGAACUUAAGGAAUGCCUCUAUGUGCUUGUAAAGGAGCAACAAGCACUUGCCACGCAGACUGCCACCACCACACACUCUGCCGUGAGGCUAAAGCAAAGGCUGGUCAUACUGGAACGUUAUUUUAUUGCACUGAACAGAACUGUUUUUCAUGAAAAUGUCAAAGUAAAGUGGAAAAGUAACACUGCCUCCACUCCUGCUGCUGAAAAGAAAAGUGACUUCAUCCCUUGCAGUGAGGAGAUUUUUGAGCAUACCUUUCAUGUACACAGCUCCCGUCCAGUUGGCCAAGGGGUAGAAGGACUUGCCAGAGUGGGCUCAAGGGCUGCAUUAUCCUUUGCAUUUGCAUUCCUGCGUAGAGCAUGGAGAUCUGGUGAGGAUGCUGAUCUUUGUAGUGAGCUGUUACAAGAAUCACUUGAUGCCCUGCGAGCACUCCCUGAGGCCACACUAUUUGAUGAGGGGACCGUUUCAUCUGUCUGGCUUGAAGUUGUAGAGCGAGCCACCAAAUUUUUAAGGUCUGUUACAGGUGAUGUCCAUGGUGCUCAGAGUCCUCGGGGUGCAGGAAACAUUCCACUACAAGACCAGCACUUGGCACUUGCUAUUUUACUAGAGCUUGCUGUGCAGAGAGGUACCUUAAGCCAAAUGUUAUCUGCUGUUAUGCUGCUACUGCAGCUUUGGGACAAUGGAACAAGGGAAACUGAUAAUGAGAGGUCUGCCCAGGGAACCAGUGCACCUCUCCUCCCCUUAUUACAUAGGUUCCAGAACAUUGUGUGCAAUAAAGAUGCUCUUAACCUGGAGAAAGAGAUUCAGAUGCUCUCUUGUCUACUGAGCCCAAAUGAAAACUUUUUGAGGUAUCUGAUCUUGCCCCAGGAUAAUGAGCUAGCUAUUGACUUAAGGCAAACCGCUGUCGUUGUUAUGGCUUAUCUAGACCGACUGGCUGUGCCAUGUAUGCCUCCACAGUGCAGCUCACCAACCUCGCACAAGGGAUCUUUACAGGAGGUGAUCAGCUGGGGUUUGCUAGGUUGGAAAUAUUAUGCUAAUGUGAGUGGCCCGAUGCAAUGUGAAGCUCUUGCUGACCUUGGUGUUACACAGAUAGCCUGUGCUGAGAAGUGCUUUUUGAUACUCUCCAGAAAUGGCAAAGUUUACACUCAAACCUACAACAAUAAUACACUGGGACCACAGCUCGUACAGGGUCUUUCUUCUCGUAACAUUGUGAAGAUUGCUGCUCACUCCGAUGGACAGCACUAUCUGGCCUUAUCUACCAAUGGUGAACUCUUUUCAUGGGGUUGUGGAGAUGGCGGCAGACUAGGUCAUGGAGACACAGUCGCAUUAGAGGAGCCUAAGAUCAUUUCUUCCCUGUGUGGAAAGCAGACUGGGAAACAGGUAGUCCAUGUCGCCUGUGGCAGCACUUACAGUGCAGCGAUCACUGCUGAAGGAGAGCUUUACACCUGGGGCCGUGGCAACUAUGGAAGACUGGGUCAUGGCUCUAGUGAGGACCAGACAGUACCAAUGUUGGUAACCGGACUUAAAGGACUUAAGGUUGUUGAUGUUUCCUGUGGAAGUGGUGAUGCUCAGACCCUAGCAGUGACAGAGAAUGGUCAGGUCUGGUCUUGGGGAGAUGGAGAUUAUGGAAAGUUAGGCAGAGGAGGAAGUGAUGGCUGUAAAACACCCAAGCUGAUUGAAAAGCUGCAAGAUCUGGAUGUAUUGAAAGUGCGCUGUGGAAGCCAGUUUUCUAUUGCUGUCACCAAAGAUGGCCAGGUCUACUCCUGGGGAAAAGGAGACAAUCAGAGGCUUGGACAUGGGACAGAGGAGCAUGUCCGAUAUCCCAAGCUCCUGGGUGGCUUGCAUGGUAAGAAGGUGGUUGAUGUUACAGUAGGAUCCACACAUUGCCUGGCACUUACUGAAUCAGGGGAAGUCUACAGUUGGGGGAGCAAUGAUCAGUGUCAGCACUUUGACACAUUACGUAUUGCAAAACCUGAGCCAUCUGCACUCCCAGGAUUGGACUCUAAACAUAUAGUUGGAAUUGCGUGCGGACCAGCUCAGAGUUUUGCCUGGUCUUCCUGCUCUGAAUGGUCUACUGGCCUGCGUGUGCCCUUUGUGGUUGAUGUGUGUCCCACGACUUUUGAACAGCUUGAUCUUUUACUGCGCCAAGUUAGUGAAGGAAUGGAUGGCAGCUCAGACUGGCCUCCACCACAAGAGAAAGAAUGUAUGGCGGUAGCAACACUCAACCUUCUUCGAUUGCAGUUACAUGCUGCCAUUAGCCACCAAGUAGAUUCGGAGUGUCUGGGCCUGGGUCUUGGUAGUGCCUUGUUGAACAGUUUGAAACAGACAGUGGUCACUUUAGCCAGUAAUGCUGGAGUGCUAAACACUGUGCAGUCAGCUGCCCAAGCAGUUCUACAGAGUGGAUGGUCUAUUCUCCUUCCUACUGCAGAGGAGAGAGCCAGAGCCCUGUCAGCCCUCUUACCAAAUGCAGCUUCCGGAAAUGAGAUGACCAUAAGUCCUGGGCGCCGCUUUAUGAUUGAUUUGUUGGUGAGCAGUCUGAUGGCAGAUGGAGGAUUAGAGUGUGCACUAAACACUGCAAUUACUGCGGAAAUACAGGAUAUAGAAGCAAAGAAAGAGGCACAGAAAGAGAAGGAAAUAGAUGAGCAAGAAGCCAAUGUGUCCUCACAGCACAGGUGUAGCACCACACUGGAUAAAGAUCUAAUAAACACAGGCAUCUAUGAGUCUGCCGGGAAACAGACCUUGCCCUUGGUGCAGCUCAUACAGCAAUUAUUGAGGAAUAUUGCUUCCCAGACUAUUGCUAAACUUAAAGAUAUGGCACGACAUGCUUCCUGCACCUUAGAUCAAGAACAUUUUAGUAAGGAGAGGUCAGCAUCAAUGGAUCUUCUGCUGCGGUUCCAACGAUUGCUUGUCAGCAAGCUGUACCCAGGAAGCGUUGUGGACCAAACUUUAAAUACUCAUGCUCCUGAACUUUUAGGUGUUGGUUCCUUACUGAAGAAAUAUGCUGCUCUCUUGUGCACACACAUUGGAGACAUACUUCCUGUGGCAACCAACAUUGCUUCAAUGUCUUAUAGACAUUUUGCAGAAGUAGCUCGCAUUGUAGCAGGAGAUCUAACAGGCGUUCUUCUUCCAGAACUUGUUGUCUCCACAAUAUUGCUGCUGUGUAAAAAUGCGUGGCUAAUGCAAGAAGCUGGUGCUAUCCCUCUUCUAGCCAGUCUCCUGGAACCGCUAGAUAGAUUUAACCAUCUUGCACCAGGCAGAGAGAGAGAUGACAAUGAAGACUUAGCCUGGCCAGGCAUAAUGGGCACGUUUUUUAGUGCCCAGAGUUCUAGGAACAAUGAGGAGGUCACUUUGAUCCGUAAAGCAGACUUGGAGAACCACAACAAAGAUGGAGGCUUUUGGACUGUAAUAGAUGGAAAAGUCUAUGACAUCAAGGACUUUCAAGCACAAUCCCUUCAUGCAAAUACUAUACUGGCUCACUUUGCUGGGGAGGAUCCUGUUGUUGCUCUUGAAGCUGCUCUGCAAUUUGAUGACACCAGAGAGUCCAUGCAUUCCUUCUGUGUUGGUCAUUAUAUGGAGCCUGAUCAAGAAGUGAUUACAGCACCAGACCUCAGCAGUUUGUCUUCUCCUCUUGUGGAUACGGAAAGAAAUUUAGGCUUGCUCCUUGGACUUCAUGCAUCUUACCUCUCACUAAGUACACCAUUGUCUUCUGUGGAAAUUGAAUGCGCCAAGUGGUUGAAAUCCUCUAUAUUUUCUGGGGGACUCCAGACCAGUCAGAUACAUUACAGUUACAAUGAAGAGAAAGAUGAGGACCAUUCCAGCUCUCCAGGCAAUACUACCCCAAACAAAUCUCGACUGUAUGGACAUCGACUGACCAUGAGUGAUCAUUCCCAGACCUUCCUGCAGGCUAUUGCUGACAACAACGUUCAAGAUCACAAUGUUAAGGACUUCCUAUGUCAGAUAGAACGGUACUGUAAGCAGUGUCACCUGACCACACCAAUUAUAUUUCCUCCUGAGCAUCCCGUAGAAGAAGUGGGCCGUUUGCUGCUGUGCUGUCUAUUGAAACAUGAAGAUUUAGGUAAUGUUGCUCUCUCUAUGGUCCAUCGUGGUGCUUUGAAUGUGGAUCAAGUAAAACACAAGACAUUACCAAAAUCUGUUGUGGAUGUUUGUCGUGUUGUUUACCAAGCCAAAUGCUCACUCAUAAAGACACACCAGGAACAAGGGCGAUCCUACAAAGAAGUCUGUGCUCCGGUCAUUGAGCGCCUCAGGUUUCUGUUCAAUGAAUUACGUCCUGCUGUAUGCAAUGAUUUGUCCAUUGUAUCCAAGUUGAAACUUCUCAGCUCUGUUCCCAGGUGGAAAAGAAUAGUGCAAAGGAUAAUCAGGGAAAAACGAAAAAAGAAAGUGCCCAAAAAAUCAGAAUCUGCUGAUGUGGAUGAUACCAAACUUUGUAAUGAAGAAGGUGAACAAGAACCUUUUGUUGUCCCGUCUAGUCCUGUAUCUUUAGAUAAGAAGUCCAUAACUCUAAAAUCACCAAGGGAUAAAUGGCAGCCCAUCCUGAGCUCUGUAACAGGUGUUCACAAGUACAAGUGGCUGAAACAUAACGUGCAGGGGUCAUAUCCGCAGUCUGCACUGUUGAGCACCAUUGUGGAGUUCGCAUUAAAGGAGGAGCCAGUUGACGUAGAAAAAAUGAGGAAGUGUUUGCUAAAGCAGCUUGAAAGAGCAGAAGUUCGUCUAGAAGGAAUCGACACUAUGCUAAAACUUGCAGCAAAGAACUUCAUUCUUCCAUCUGUACAAUAUGCUAUGUUUUGUGGCUGGCAGAGACUUGUCCCAGAGGGAACAAAUUUGAGUGAGCCACUGACAGAUUGUUUGAAGGAUGUUGAUCUUAUUCCACCUUUUAACCGAAUGCUAUUAGAGGUGACAUAUGGCAAACUAUAUGCAUGGGCCAUACAGAAUAUUAGAAAUGUAUUACUUGAUGCCACUAGCAGAUUUAAAGAAAUGGGUAUUCAACCUGUACCUCUUCAGACAAUUACCAACGAGAAUCCUUCUGGACCAAGCUUAGGGACUAUUCCACAAGGCAGAUUCAUGCUAGUUAUGCUAAACAUGCUGACACGCCAACAUGGUGCAAAUAGCCUUAGUCUGCUAUUCAAUUCUGGUGCACUGGCUCUGACUCAGACAAUCCUCCGAUUGAUUGGUCCUAGUUCUGAUAACUGUGAAGAAGAUUCAAGUGCAUGCAUACUAGGAGCCUCUGCCACUGUGCUGGAAGAGUCCAGAAAAGAAACUGCACCCGUUCAGCUCCCUGCCUCUGGGCCAGAACUAGCAGCCAUGAUGAAAAUUGGAACCAGAGUGAUGAGGGGCGUAGACUGGAAAUGGGGAGACCAGGAUGGCCCACCUCCAGGAAUGGGCCGUGUUAUUGGAGAACUAGGAGAGGAUGGCUGGAUUAGAGUACAGUGGGAUACAGGCAGCACAAAUUCCUACAGAAUGGGGAAAGAAGGAAAAUACGAUCUGAAACUGACAGAACCCCCACCUGCUGCUCAGCCCAUGGCAGAUGACUCUGACACAGAGGAUGAUUCUGAGGGAGAGCAAGUGGACAGGAAUUUACACCCUACCUCUCUGAUGUUGAUGAGCACUGUGAAUCUCCUCCAGAACCUCUGUCUCUCUGCUGGCGUCAAUGCUGAGGUUAUGCAGAGUGAAGCCACCAGAACGCUGUGUGGUCUGCUGCACAUGUUAGUGGAAAGCGGCACCAUGGACAAAACAAUGUCUUCAACAAGUAAAGCCGUUUUUAAGGAGCAACACAGGAGCUGGUGCACAUUAGGAUUUAUUCGCAGUGUUGCCGUUAUGCCACAGAUGUGCAGUACGCUAAGUAUGCCUCAGUGGAUAUCCCUGCUAAUGAAAAUUGUAGAGGGACCAGAAUCCUUCACUGCUGCUUCCUUACAGCGUCAGAUACUUGCCAUUCGUUUAUUACAAGCAGUCCUUCCUUCAUGGGACAAAAAUGAAAGGUCAGGAGAAAUGAAACUUCUUGUUGAAAAGCUCUUUGGAUUUUUGGGUAGCUUGCUCAGCACUUGCUCUUCAGACAUACCCCUUCUUAGAGAAUCCACUUUGAGGAGGAGGAAAGCACGACCACAGGCAUCCUUGACUGCAACUCACAGCAGCACUUUAGCAGAGGAGAUUGUAGCACUACUACGUACUCUUCAUUCGUUGAAUCAAUGGAAUAACCUCAUCAACAAGUACAUUAAUUCCCAGCUAAAUUCUGUCACCAGUAUUUUCGAAGGAAAACGCUUUGAUGUGCAGGCUAUGUUGGAAGAUUACUUUCCUGAUUCUGAAAGCCCUGAAGUGGGUAGCCUGAUGGCAGUACUGGCUGUUAUAGGGGGCAUAGACAGUCGCUUACGUCUCGGAGGCCAAGUGGUGCACGAUGAGUUUGGAGAAGGCACAGUGACCAGAAUAACUCCAAAAGGAAAAAUCACAGUACAGUUCAAUGAUGUGCGCACAAGCCAUAUUUGCCCCUUAAAUCAUCUUCAUCCACUACCCGUGGUGCCAUUUUGUGUGAACAAUUUGCCUUUUACUGAUCCAAUGUUGUCUGUCUGGGCACAGCUGGUAAACCUGGCAGGUUGCAAGCUAGAAAAACACAGACUCAAGAAGUCUCUCAGUCAGGGGCUUGCAGACCAAGUGGAUCUUAACCAUUUGAGGUGUCAACAGCUAAAACUUUACAUACUGAAAGCUGGUUGGGCUCUUCUUUCUCACCAAGACCGAUUGAGGCAGAUCUUAUCUCAGCCAUCUGUUCAGGACACAGGACUGAUUCCAACUGAUGAAGGUGCUGCAUUAACUCCCGACUUUGGCGAUAUGUCUCCAGAGGGCCCGCAGCCUCCGAUGAUUCUAUUACAGCAGUUGCUAAUUGCUGCUACACAGCCUUCACCAGUUAAGGCAAUAUUUGACAAGCAAGAAUUAGAGGCAGCCGCACUCGCUAUUUGUCAGUACCUGGCAGUGGAAUCCACGCAUCCAUCAACUCCUCUGUUUGAUGACUUCUGCAGUUCAAGUGAGGUCUCUUCCCCUUUGACACUGCAACAGAUUUGCCCAACUAAAGUCAAGAAGUGCAAACAAUCUCCCAUCCCACCAGCUCCUAUUGUUGUACAAUUGAUGGAAAUGGGUUUUCAGAGGAAAAACAUUGAGUUUGCUCUCAAGUCGUUGUCAGGAGCGUCGGGUACUGCUUCGAGUUCUCCAGGUGUGGAGGCACUAGUUGGUUGGCUGCUGGAUCAUCCCGACAUCCAGAUCACUGAGCUGUCUGAUUUUGAAACUGCGUCUGAGGAGUCAGAUGAAGAAGUGGUGGAAGAAAUAGAGGAACUGGAGACAGCGUAUCCAGACUCCAAUGGUGCAGUUGUGACAGAAAGUCAGACAUAUAAGAAAAGAGCAGACUUCUUAAGCAAUGAUGAUUAUGCAGUAUAUGUGAGAGAGAACAUUCAGGUUGGCAUGAUGGUACGCUGCUGUCGGACUUAUGAAGAAGUAUGCGAGGGUGAUGUAGGGAAAGUCAUUAAGUUGGACCGCGAUGGGCUUCAUGACUUGAAUGUUCAGUGUGACUGGCAGCAGAAAGGUGGCACCUACUGGGUGCGAUACAUUCAUGUGGAAUUGUUAGGUUUUCCACCACAGAGUUCCCAUUCACAUAUCAAAAUUGGUGACAAAGUGAGAGUGAAGGCCUCGGUUACAACACCAAAAUAUAAAUGGGGAUCAGUAACUCACAGAAGUGUGGGAGUUGUGAAAGCUUUCAGCGCCAAUGGAAAAGAUGUGAUUGUAGAUUUCCCACAGCAGUCUCACUGGACAGGACUGUUAUCCGAAAUGGAAUUGGUUCCAAGCAUUCAUCCUGGAGUAACUUGUGAUGGCUGUCAGAUGUUUCCUAUUCAUGGAUCACGAUUUAAAUGUCGCGAUUGUGAUGACUUUGAUUUCUGUGAAGCCUGCUUCAAGAACCGAAAACAUAAUACAAGGCAUACUUUUGGCAGAAUAAAUGAGCCAGGUCAAUCUCCAGUGUUCUGCGGGCGCUCCGGCAAGCAGCUAAAGCGGCGGCAUAGUGGUCAGAGGGGCAUGUUGAUAGAUGAUUGGUCCAGGAUUGUGAAAAAUUUGAAUGUUUCAUCUUCUUCAAAUCAAGCAUCACGACUUAUUGAUGGUAGUGAUCAAUGUUGGCAGUCUUCUGGAUCGCAAGGAAAGCAUUGGAUCAGGCUGGAUAUGUUUCCAGAGGUACUGGUGCAUAGACUGAUGAUGAUUGUGGACCCAGCAGACAGCAGUUACAUGCCCUCUCUAGUUGUUGUAUCAGGCGGCAAUUCCCUCAAUAAUCUAAUAGAGCUCAAAACAAUCAACAUAAAUCCUACUGACAUGAGUGUGUUGCUUCUUAGUGACUGUACAGAGUAUCACAGAUAUAUUGAGAUUGCAAUAAAGCAGUGUCGGAGCUCUGGUAUUGAUUGUAAAAUCCAUGAGCUGAGCAUUAUUGGGCAGAUCCGGGCAGAGGAUGAAGAUCUGGCCACUGUCCCAUUUCUUGCAUCUGACAAUGAGGAAGAUGAUGAUGAUAAAACCAGCACCGGCAGUUUUGUUAGAAAGAAGGCUGCGGCUUCUGAGUCUGCAGCAACAAUCCGAACCAAGGUUUUUGUGUGGGGUCUGAAUGAUAAGGAUCAGUUGGGAGGAUUAAAAGGUUCUAAGAUCAAAGUUCCAUCGUUUUCUGAGACACUGUCGGCUCUAAAUGUUGUACAGGUUGCUGGUGGUUCCAAAAGUCUCUUUGCAGUGACUGCUGAGGGUAAAGUGUAUGCAUGUGGGGAGGCUACCAAUGGAAGAUUGGGGUUAGGUAUAUCCAGUGGCACAGUGCCUAUUCCCCGACAAAUGACAGCUCUCAGUAACUAUGUCGUGAAGAAAGUUGCUGUACAUUCAGGUGGAAGACAUGCAAUGGCUCUGACUGUAGAUGGCAAAAUUUUCUCCUGGGGAGAAGGAGAUGAUGGCAAGCUUGGUCAUUUCAGCAGAAUGAACUGUGACAAACCACGUCUCGUAGAAGCUCUGAAAAGCAAGCGUAUUCGAGACAUUGCCUGUGGCAGUUCUCAUAGUGCUGCUAUUACAUCUAGCGGUGAGCUGUACACGUGGGGGCUGGGAGAAUAUGGCAGAUUGGGGCAUGGUGACAAUACAACACAGCUGAAACCUAAAAUGGUGAAAGUCCUCUUGGGCCAUAGAGUCAUACAGGUUGCAUGUGGAAGCAGAGAUGCACAGACACUGGCACUUACAGAUGAAGGCCUUGUAUUCUCCUGGGGUGAUGGUGAUUUUGGAAAAUUAGGCCGUGGUGGAAGUGAGGGCUGCAAUGUUCCCCAGAACAUAGAGAGACUGAAUGGACAAGCAGUGUGUCAGAUUGAAUGUGGUGCUCAGUUUUCACUGGCACUAACAAAGUCUGGCGUUGUCUGGACAUGGGGCAAAGGAGACUAUUUUCGUUUGGGCCAUGGUACAGAUGUGCAUGUAAGAAAACCACAAGUUGUUGAAGGGCUGAGAGGAAAGAAGAUCAUUCAUGUGGCUGUCGGAGCACUCCAUUGUCUCGCAGUGACUGACGCAGGACAAGUUUAUGCAUGGGGUGAUAAUGACCAUGGUCAGCAAGGUAAUGGAACAACUACAGUAAACAGAAAACCUACCCUUGUCCAUGGAUUGGAGGGACAGAAGAUAACACGCGUGGCUUGUGGGUCCUCUCACAGCGUGGCUUGGACAACCGUGGACGUGGCAGCGCCUUCGGUUCAUGAGCCUGUCCUUUUCCAAACAGCCAGAGAUCCAUUGGGAGCUUCCUAUCUUGGUGUGUCUUCAGAUACAGAGUCUUCAUCGUCUUCCAGCAACAAAAUAAGCGGUGUGAAUAAUACAAAGACACACCGCCCAUCUCUUGCAAAGAUUCUCCUGUCUAUCGAUGGCAACCUAGCCAAGCAGCAAGCGCUCUCGCACAUCCUGACUGCAUUGCAGAUUAUGUAUGCAAGGGAUGCUGUUGUUGGUGCCUUAAUGCCAGCCAGUAUGAUUGCUCCAGUGGAGUGCCCAUCUUUGUCCACUGCUCCUCCCUCGGAUGUGUCUGGAACAUCAAGUCCUAUUAAUGGUGAUGAUGUGGGCUUGACCAUGGAUUUAGAGGAUAGAUUAAGUCCCAGCCCUUGGCAAGACAGACGUGGAGAGGUGACAGCAUCUGAGGAUGCAGUAACGCCUGCUGUUACUCCUUCUGCUUCUGCGGCCUCCUCUAGACCUUUCAUUCCAGUUACAGAUGAUCCUGGGGCAGCUAGUAUCAUUGCAGAGACAAUGACCAAAACCAAAGAGGAUGUGGAAAGCCAGAACAAAGUGUCAGGCCCUGAACCCCAGUGCCUGGAUGAAUUCACCAGUUUACUUGUCCCAGAUGAUACACGAGUAAUGGUUGACCUGCUGAAACUUGCAGUCUCUAAUAGAGCUGGAGAGAAGGGGAAAGAAGUCUUAUCCGCUGUUCUGUCUGCCAUGGGCACUGCAUAUCCACAGGUAGCAGAUAUGUUGCUUGAGCUUUGUGUCACAGAACUGGAAGAUGUGGCUACAGAUUCGCAAAGUGGCCGCCUCUCCUCACAGCCAGUUGUAGUAGAAAGUAGCCACCCUUACACAGAUGACACCUCUACAAGUGGCACAGUAAAAAUACCAGGUGCUGAGGGCCUUAGAGUAGAAUUUGACCGCCAGUGUUCUACAGAGCGGCGUCAUGACCCACUUACCAUAAUGGAUGGGGCCAACAGGAUAGUGUCAGUCCGAUCAGGACGUGAGUGGUCUGAUUGGUCCAGUGAGCUGCGAAUUCCAGGUGAUGAGUUGAAGUGGAAAUUUAUCAGCGAUGGAUCAGUAAAUGGUUGGGGCUGGCGGUUCACAGUGUAUCCUAUCAUGCCUGCUGCAGGUCCAAAAGAUCUCCUGUCAGAUCGGUGCAUUCUAUCCUGUCCAUCUAUGGAUUUAGUCACCUGUCUCUUGGCUUUCCGGCUGAAUUUUGCCUCAAACAGGGGAAUUGUUCCUCGUCUGGCUGCAUCCCUUGCAGCCUGUGCUCAGCUUAGUGCUCUUGCCGCAAGUCACAGGAUGUGGGCAUUGCAAAGACUGAGAAAGCUUCUUACCACAGAGUUUGGACAAUCUAUUAAUAUUAAUAGACUUCUUGGAGAUGGAGACAUUGAAGCACGUGCAAUGAGUUUUACUGGCAGUGCUUUGGCUGCACUGGUGAAGGGACUCCCUGAAGCAUUGCAAAGACAAUUUGAAUAUGAAGAUCCAAUUGUAAGAGGAGGCAAGCAGUUACUGCAUAGUCCUUUCUUCAAGGUGUUGGUGGCCCUUGCUUGUGACCUUGAGUUGGAUACUCUUCCAUGCUGUGCAGAGACACACAAGUGGGCAUGGUUCAGGAGAUACUGUAUAGCUUCCAGAGUUGCUGUUGCACUGGACAAGAGAACCCCCCUGCCUCGACUCUUUUUAGAUGAGGUUGCAAAAAAAAUAAGGGAGUUGAUGGCUGAUAAUGAGAACAUGCAUGUUGUCCAUGAGAGUCAUGAGGUUUUCCGGCGAGAACAGGAUGAACAGCUUGUCCAAUGGAUGAACAGACGACCUGAUGAUUGGACUCUGUCGGCUGGGGGCAGUGGAACCAUCUAUGGCUGGGGUCAUAAUCACAGAGGACAACUUGGGGGCAUUGAAGGUGCCAAAGUAAAAGUUCCAACACCGUGUGAAGCGCUGGCAACGCUUAGACCGAUACAGUUGAUUGGAGGAGAACAAACAUUAUUUGCUGUCACAGCUGAUGGGAAGUUAUAUGCUACAGGAUAUGGAGCUGGUGGUAGGUUGGGUAUUGGUGGCACGGAGUCUGUGUCUACUCCCACACUGCUGGAAUCCAUACAGCACGUUUUUGUGAAAAAGGUGGCAGUAAACUCUGGUGGAAAGCACUGUCUGGCUCUCUCCUCAGAGGGAGAGGUAUAUUCCUGGGGAGAGGCAGAAGAUGGAAAGCUUGGACAUGGAAAUAGAAGUCCAUGUGAUCGGCCUCGUGUUAUUGAAUCUCUGCGAGGAACUGAAGUAAUAAACAUUGCUGCUGGGGGAGCACACAGCGCUUGUAUCACUGCAGCUGGAGAACUUUAUACAUGGGGUAAAGGAAGAUAUGGCCGACUAGGCCAUGGAGACAGUGAGGAUCAAUUGAAGCCUAAGUUGGUGGAAGCCCUACAAGGUUACCGUGUGAUUGAUAUUGCCUGUGGCAGUGGGGAUGCACAAACUCUUUGCCUGACUGAUGAUGACACAGUCUGGUCUUGGGGGGAUGGAGACUAUGGAAAACUUGGACGAGGUGGCAGUGAUGGCUGCAAAGUACCCAUGAAAAUUGACUCCCUGACGGGGCUGGGCGUUACCAAAGUGGAAUGUGGCUCUCAGUUCUCUGUAGCUCUGACAAAGUCUGGUGCUGUCUACACCUGGGGGAAGGGGGACUACCAUCGCCUAGGUCAUGGAUCAGAUGAUCAUGUGAGGAGGCCACGGCAAGUCCAGGGUCUUCAGGGAAAGAAAGUUAUUGCAAUUGCUACUGGAUCUUUGCACUGUGUAUGCUGCACAGAGGAUGGAGAAGUGUACACAUGGGGCGAUAAUGAUGAAGGGCAGCUCGGGGAUGGAACUACAAAUGCUAUUCAGCGACCCCGUCUCGUGGCAGCUCUUCAGGGUAAAAAAAUAAACAGAGUGGCUUGUGGAUCCGCUCACACGCUGGCCUGGUCUACUAGUAAACCUGCUAAUGCCGGCAAGCUCCCCACACAGGUUCCAAUGGAAUAUAACCACCUCCAGGAGAUUGUGAUCAUUGGUUUGAGGAAUAGGUUGCUAUUACUGCACCAUAUUUCUGAGCUCUUUUGUCCAUGCAUCCCUAUGUUUGAUUUGGAGGGGAGACUUGAUGAGACCGGUCAAGGUCCCUCUGUUGGCUUUGACACAUUACGUGGAAUUCUCAUCUCCCAAGGAAAGGAGGCUGCUUUCCGCAAAGUUGUUCAAGCAACUAUGGUGCGGGACCGUCAACAUGGUCCUGUAGUUGAAUUAAACAGAAUACAGGUUAAGCGCUCAAGAAGUAAAGGUGGCUUGGCAGGUCCAGAUGGUACCAAAUCUGUCUUUGGCCAGUUGUGUGCAAAAAUGACUUCUUUCAGUCCUGACAGCCUUUUGCUACCUCAUCGUGUCUGGAAAGUCAAAUUUGUUGGGGAGUCCGUGGAUGACUGUGGAGGCGGCUACAGUGAGUCCAUUGCAGAAAUGUGUGAAGAGCUUCAGAAUGGGCUGACCCCACUCCUUAUUGUAACACCGAAUGGCAGAGAUGAGUCUGGUGCCAACAGAGACUGCUUCCUGCUAAAUCCAGCAGCUAAGACCACCCUCCACAUGAACAUGUUUAGGUUCCUAGGUGUGCUUCUUGGAAUUGCAAUUCGAACAGGGAGCCCUCUAAGCCUUAAUCUGGCUGAACCAGUGUGGAAGCAGUUGGCAGGAAUGAAUUUGACAAUUGCUGAUCUCAGUGAAGUGGAUAAAGACUUUAUUCCUGGGCUCAUGUAUAUACGGGAUAACGAGGCCACCUCAGAGGAGUUUGAAGCAAUGAUUCUUCCUUUUACUGUGCCCAGUGCAAGCGGUCAAGACAUCCAGCUGAGCUCUAAGCACACGCAUAUUACCCUCGACAAUCGUGCAGAGUAUGUGAGACUUGCAAUCGGCUACAGGUUGCAUGAGUUUGAUGAGCAGGUUGCUGCAGUACGGGAAGGAAUGGCCCGAGUUGUCCCUGUGCCCCUUCUCUCUCUCUUUACUGGUUAUGAACUUGAAACUAUGGUCUGUGGCAGCCCAGAUAUUCCUCUUCACCUUCUGAAAUCUGUAGCCACAUAUAAAGGGAUUGAGCCCACCGCUUCCCUCAUUCAGUGGUUUUGGGAAGUGAUGGAAUCCUUUUCGAACACCGAACGUUCCUUAUUUCUUCGCUUUGUGUGGGGCAGGACCAGACUUCCCCGAACGAUAGCGGAUUUCAGGGGCAGAGACUUUGUAAUUCAGGUUUUGGAUAAAUACAAUCCCCCAGAUCAUUUCCUUCCAGAAUCUUAUACGUGCUUCUUUCUGCUGAAGCUUCCAAGGUAUUCUUGCAAGCAGGUUCUUGAAGAAAAAUUAAAAUAUGCUAUUCACUUCUGCAAGUCCAUAGACACCGAUGACUAUGCACGCAUUGCACUAACUGGGGAGCCAGCAGCAGAUGACAGCAGUGAUGACUCUGAUAACGAAGAUGCAGACUCAUUUGCCUCAGAUUCCACACAGGACUACCUAACAGGCCACUAAGCGGACACAGGCAAAGGAAGUGGGUUCUCCUCAUGCACUGAGAAUCUUGGCAUUACAAUGGAACUGGGCAGUCCAAAGUUUAGCCGUAGGCUUACAGAUAUAUGAAGAAAGACUUAAUUUAACUUUUGAAAUUGUGUUUGAAAAAGAGUAGGUGCCUAUUCCUAAUUACACUGCACUUAUAUUGUGUGUUAUUAAAUGUGUUGUAAAUGUUUAUUAUGAGAAACAGUGCAGUGUCAAAGUAUGAGGCCGUAUAGCCUUUUACAUGUGAGUGCAAUAGUUCAUUUCUUUUUCCUCUUUAGUGUUGUGUUCUGAUGUGUAAUUCCUUAAUGAUUGCAAAUAACAGUACCGUGGAGAAUAUGAAAGUAUUAAUCAUUUUCAUUUUCCUCUCCUAGCAGCUGCUUAUUAAAACAUGUUUUCAGGAGCAACUGAUCAGUAUUUCUCAGCGUUACAUGUAAAUUAGGAGAGAGAGGGAUAAUCCCAGUGUUUUCUGAACACCAAUUCUGUUUAUAUAUUUAAGCUUCCACAUUAUGCAGUAAACGGACUCUAGCAGCAGUCAGUACCUGUAAUGGGAAGUGUGUAUAGAAAUGACCAGUGCCACUACAUAUGCAAACCAUGACCCCUCUGAAUAAAAUGUGUAACAAA